CUCAAUAUGGAAGUUUGUCACCUCUGUACUGCUAUCCAUGAUGAAACCGCCAAGACCCCCUUUGUCAUCAAUAAUCUUCUCAUUUCCGACCCAUUGCUUGCUGCUGAGCUGAAAUCUCAGUGGCGUUCACAGGCGGCUAUCAAUGUCAUUCACCUAUAUCACCUAGAUCAGAUUGAAAACCUUUUUGGUUUCUCUGGCAUUAGAGGUAUUGGCACCCACCUCACGAAUGCUGCCUCCAGCAGUGAGGGUUACUAUGUCCAUCCAGAGGGAGAGUUACAAGUUGGCACUGGUGGUGGUGAGUUUUUGUCUUAA